AUGCUAAGUGCUGUAUCAAGAACGAGACUGGAUAGUCGAAUUUCGAGAGUUUUCAGCUCAAGGAUAUCGGCCACUCGCCAUGCAUCAUUGAAUUCAGCAAUUGGCCGGGGGAUUCGCAGAUCUCAGACGGCGGACACUGACAGAGAUGAUCGUCGUGGCAACGAAACUCGUUUGCCCAGACGUGAAGAGAAUUACGGCCAAAGGCAAUACGGAGCGCGACAAUACGACCGAUCAAGUGAAACUAACUUCAGUCCCCGUCGAACAUACGGGGCACGACAAUACGGAGAACAAAACGUUGAACGGCCAGGCGGUUCUGAUCUGAAUGACCGAGCAUACAACCCCCGAGAGCGACAAUACGAAGGCAAGAAAUCCGAAAUAUUUGGUCGCAAAGACCAUGACCGUCGACAGUCAUCGCCAUGGAAUGACAAUCGUUCCUCAUUCCCGAGACAAAGCCGAAAAGAAGAAAAAUUCGAAUUCGACGCAGAUGAAUUCAUUCGUUCCGGUGAUUUCAGAGCCCUCCCCCGUGAACAUCAAUCCCGGUUCCAAUCGCGAUUCCAGGCUCGAACGCAAGAUAGCCAAUUUUCACACCGGGAACGAGAACGGCCCUCCGUGGACGAAUCAGGGGAGAAGGAUCCUAAAAAGUCUCGGGCUCAUCGGGCGACACGCGGCACACCAGAGCGAGUGAAGGAGAACGUCAAAGUCCCGGACACGAUACCCUACACUACACCGGCGUCAGAGUUCAUUUACGGCACCAGCGCCGUGGAGGCGGCGCUGCGCUGCAGCAGGCGUCAAUUAUACAAGCUUUAUCUCUAUCAAAGCAUGGAUGAAGAGUUGAGCGCAGGAAAGGUCAUGAUUCGCAAACUGGCGUUGUCAAAGAACAUUCCAGUCAAAAUGGCAUUUGCAGGGUGGUCUAGACUCAUGGAUAAGAUGAGCGCCGGACGACCUCACAAUGGGUGCAUUUUGGAGGCAUCACCUCUGCCCAAAUUGCCCGUGCGGGGCCUCCAGGCUGUUCCGUCUAUCUCCGAGGAACAUUUCCGGGUUGAGCUUGCGCCGCAAACCAAGGAAGAAGCCGCGGUCAAUGGUACGGACGAUCGUAUCCAGAUCUAUCAUCCUACUCCGACUUCACAAGAUGAGCAACCACGUCAUCGAUACCCGGUCCUCCUGCUUAUGGAUGGCAUUGUCGAUACCGGUAAUAUGGGUGCCAUCAUCCGCUCAUCCUAUUUCCUGGGAAUUGAUGCCAUUGUCCUAGCUGGCCGCAACUCCGCACCUAUGUCCCCCAUCACGAUCAAAUGUUCAGCUGGUGCGGCGGAAAACAUGCCUAUCCUUCACGUGAAGAACGAGGUUGACUUCAUCCAAAGGUCAAAGCAGAACGGAUGGCGGUUCUACGCCGCAGAUGCACCAGGUCCAGGCUCUGUGUACUUAGACUACAUUUCGGCCGGUGACAACCAGAGUAAGACCGAGCUUCCUUUCAUGACCGCGCCUAGUGUCUUGAUGAUGGGCAGUGAGGCUUCUGGACUCAGCUCGCACAUCAAGUCCCAUGCAGACGCAAUUGUCAGUAUUCCAGGCGCUCGGCAUAGUCCUGUUUUGGGCGUUGAGUCCGAUCCCGCCCGCAUUGACAGCCUGAAUGUGAGCGUUGCUGCUGCAUUGCUGAUGGAGAAGUUCUUGCGUACUCCACUGGCUGUGGCCGGGGUGGUCAAGAAAGAAAAGAACGUUGCGAAGGAGAAGAUGUGGUGA